AUGGGAGGAGGCUGCGCUCGGCCAAGGACCAAUGAGCGCGAGGGGCGUGGCCGGGGGCGGUGGCCGGGGGGUCAGGCUGUGGUGGGGCUCUGGGGACCCGAAGGUGAUGUAAGGACCUUAGGGAGGCUGCGAAGGCGCUGGGCUGGGGCUUGGUGGUCUAAGGGCAGCUCCGAGGACAGGGCUGUGGGGGCAGGCUCUGCAGUGGGGGGGGGGCAGGUCUUAGCCCGCGUUCGCUUCCCUCCCGGGCUGACCCUUUUGUCUUCUCCGAGGGCACUCUCGGCACGUCCGAGCCCAGAGCUGCGACCUGCACAGCACCCACGAGGGGGUCGACGCUGUCCUGGGCGGCUGCAACUGCACUGCCUGCAGCGCUGGAUGCAGGAGUGCAGGGAGAGGUCUCGGGGAGCAGGCAGAGAUCAGGCAGCAAGACCAGAGCAGAGACAAAGCCAGCCCAGCUUGGCAGAGCAGCUCCUGCAGAUGCUGCUCAGCGGCAACAAGAAGCAGAAGGCAGAGGAGAGAACCAUUUGCCCCACCCUGGGUGGGCAUCGGAGCAGCAUCCCCCAGCUGUGGAGCAGCAGGCAGAGAGCUGCCAAGUCCUCUGUGUGCCAGCCACAGAGCAUCCUUCAGGGCCUCUGAGCAGCAGCGCAGCAAGAGGAGCCCAGAGCGUGCCCAGCCCUUGGCAGCUGCACCCCAGCCAGAGAAGCUCUUCCUGUGAAGGCUCCACCACUCAGGGCCCCCUGCCCAACCUCCCUGCCCUGAUGCCAACUUCUCCCUUGCUUCAGGAGCUCUGCACCCUCCUUCCUGCAGCCCUCAGCCCCUGCUUUGUGUCCUGCUUUCUGUCCCUGGCCCCUUUCCCCCUUCUCUUGCGGAUCAGUUCCCAUCUCUGUCGCUUCCCCUCCCGUUCUUGUUUCUUUCCUUGGCGGCUCAGUUCCCUCUCCCUCUCCCCUCCCAGUUUGUGGCUCGGUUCCCUCUCCCCCUCCCUCUCCCCUCCCGGUUUGUGGCUCGGUUCCCUCUCCCCCUCCCUCUCCCCUCCCGGUUUGUGGCUCAGUUCCCUCUCCCCCUCCCUCUCCCCUCCCGGUCUGUAGCUCAGUUCCCUCUCCCCCUCCCUCUCCCCUCCCAGUUUGUGGCUCGGUUCCCUCUACCCCCUCUUUGCUUCCCUGCUUUGUGCUGUGCACUAAAGGUUUGGUUCUUUGACUCUCA